AUGACAUCCCCCUCCCACCGGCGCCUCCUAAAAGAAGCCUCCGAACUCGCCUCCCACCCCUCCCCGCACUUCACCGCGCACCCCGUCUCCGACUCCAACCUCUACGACUGGCACUUCACCCUCGCCGGCCCGCCACCCCCCUCCCCCUACGCCGGCGGCAUCUACCAUGGCCGCAUCGUCCUCCCGCCAACCUACCCCCUGCGCCCGCCCUCUUUCCGCUUCCUCACCCCCUCCGGCCGCUUCGAGGUCAACCGCGAGAUCUGCCUGAGUAUCUCGGGCCACCAUGAGGAGACGUGGCAGCCUGCGUGGGGGAUCCGGACGGCGCUGCUCGCGCUGCGAAGUUUCAUGGAUGCGGAUGCGAAGGGGCAGGUGGGGGGUUUGGAUGUCGAUGUGAGUGUGAGGAGGCAGUAUGCGGUUGAGAGUCGGGGGUGGGUGUGUGAUGUUUGUGAGGGGCGGAGGUCGAACGAGGAGGUGUUGCGCGAGUGGAGGGAGGUGUGUCGUGCGAAGGGGGUUGCUGUUGAUGAUGAUGAGGGUGGCGCGUCCACACUGGGUGCUGGUGCGGGUGGUGCUACCGCAAACGAGGGCACUACUUUGGUAGAAGCAAAAUCAGAACCAGAACAACAACCGUCGGAUACAAAUACGAAUACAGAGACGGCGUCUUCUGAGCAGAAAUCGGAAUCACUGACGUCGAGGGAUGGUGUUUCGCCGCAGCAGCAGGUAUCGGCACCGGUACCCUCUGCGUCUGCGCCUGCAGAAGCGGCUGCACCUGCACCUACGCCGACACGCACGACUCCUGUCCAGACUACGACUACGACGACUUCUCGACCUACUACCACUACCACAUCAGAUGCCCCGUGGCUGGAUCGGGCCAUCCUAGGCGUUCUUAUCGCAUUGGCGUUUAUGAUCGUACGCCGGGUUGCUAAGUCGGAAGAGUAUUAG